UUCGCCCUGUCACUCGCCAACUUGAUGGCCAACAGCGCCGGGAUGGGCGGGGGCCAGGUGUACCCGCCGCCGCACGGGCAAGCGGCCGUGAACCAGCAGCACCCGCCCAACAACUGGGCGGACAACGACGCCAACACGCUGCUGGUGGUGGCGACGCUCAUCACGACGCUGACGUACCAGCUCGGGAGCAACGUCCCCGGCGGGUACUGGCAGGACACGCAGCUCUCGGCCGACGGCAAGACGGAGCUGCACCGCACCGGCGACCCCGUCAUGCGCGACCUUCACCGGCCAAGGUACUGGGUGUUCAUGGCGGCGAGCUGGAUGGGGUUCGCGGGGUCGAUGCUGAUGACGCUGAGCCUGCUGGUGCGCAUGCCGGUGAUCUCGCGGCAGGUGCGGUGGUCGUUCGCGGUGGCCUACGCCAGCCUCGUGCUCACCUUCAUCGUGUCGCAGUCCGGGACGCACCUGUCUCUGGACAUCCUCGUCUGGGCGGUCGUCGUCGCCUUCCUCUGGCUCAUGACCAGCGUCCGGCCGGAGCACCGGGCACGAAUCGUCGGUUGCCUCUGCUGCGCCGGCGACAAUUGACCGGGACUAGCUAGUCCAUCCUUGCUCGAUUAACUUGCAACAAUGUUAAUUAGUUGCCUCCCUCUUUUUUCCCGAAAUGUUAUCUUUCUCUUGACUCUAGGAUUAUGAACAUUUUCAGUGGCUAGGA